CUUAAUUGAACUUAUACACAUUCGUGUUGUCCGAAGGGGGCAGUGUAGAUGCACACGCAAUUAAAGCUUCUUCCAGUCCUAACCUUCGGACCGUGUAGCUUUGAUAUCGUCCGAUGCUUGGGAACGUCCCCCCGGACGCCGCCUUCCUCGGUGGAACCAUUCCUCCGGGGAAGCUACGACGGGACGAGACUGGUGCUCCAUCGUACAGCGUAAACCGUUUCGUGGCCCCACCCCUUCGUAUAGCCCAAUGAGACGGCUCAACUCUUUAUUAGCGUCAUCGAAUUGAGCUCCAUGAGGUCACCCGGAACACCAGAGCUCCGGCGAAAAGAGUCCUCCACAGCCCACCUGGCGAUCAACAGAUACUGGGGUCGAUACUGAGCUCUGAAGCUGCUGUCACUGUCGCAUUCGUAUUUCCACAUCGGGUUGGUGGGGCAUACAAAUAUUCACAUUUUCCUCUUCAUCUACAAAAACCUCUUCGCCAAAAACCACGGACCAUACUCGCGAAGCUCAACACGAGCUUGUUCUCCUUUUCCAUCCCAUCACCCAGACUCGACAGCACUUGCUCUGAGGGAACGGUCAACAUGGCGUCCAAAGUAGAGAAGGACGCGGUCCAAAAGCCGCAUGGCUAUGAGUUCGGAGGGCCUAUCGGCGCCUUUGGCAUCUCUUUCGGUCUCCCGAUCCUCGUCUACCUCUUCACCUUCAGCUGCAACGACGUGUCGGGCUGCCCUGCUCCUUCCCUUCUGAGCCCCUCGACCCUCAAGCUCGACCAACUCAAACGCGAAGUUGGAUGGCCCGAGGAGGGCAUCUGGGGCCUCGCAGACAACAAGGUCACUGCUGCCGUCUUGGGAUACUACCUCUUCAACGCGCUCCUCUACCGUAUUCUUCCCGCGACCGAGGUUGAUGGCGUCGAGCUCGCCUCUGGUGGCCGCCUCAAGUACCGAUGCAACUCCUUUGCUUCUAGCAUGUUUAUCCUGACCGUCUGCCUCGCCGGCACCAUUGCACAGGGCGCCGAGUUCCCUCUCUGGACCUUUAUCACCGACAAUUACAUCCAAGUCGUUACAGCCAACAUGCUUAUUGCCUAUGGUAUUGCGACUUUUGUGUACGUGCGAAGCUUCAGCGUCAAGCAGGGUAACAAAGAGCUCCGCGAGUUGGCUGCCGGUGGACACUCUGGCAACCUCAUCUACGACUGGUACAUUGGGCGCGAGCUCAACCCCCGCGUUACCAUCCCUCUCCUAGGCGAAAUAGACAUCAAGGAGUGGCUGGAGAUCCGACCCGGUCUGUUGGGCUGGUCCUUGAUGAACUUUGCGUGGAUGGCCAGACAGCACCGCACCUAUGGCUUCGUCACCAACAGCAGCGUCUUCGUCUCUGCCGUCCAGCUUGCGUACGUCAUUGACUGCUGGUGGAAUGAGCCCGCGAUCCUGACGACGAUUGACAUCACCACGGACGGCUUCGGCUUCAUGCUCUCCUUUGGCGACCUCGUCUGGGUUCCGUUUGUCUACUCCCUGCAGACUCGUUACCUGGCCGUGUACCCCGUCUCGAUGAGCCCCUUGGGCAUGGCCGGUAUCGUGGGACUCAUCGGCGUUGCCUUCUCCAUCUUCCGUCUAUCCAACAGCCAGAAGAAUGCCUUCCGUAGCAACCCCGACGACUCAAGCGUUGCCCACCUUAAGUACAUCGAGACCAAGACCGGAAGCCGCCUCCUCGUUUCGGGCUGGUGGGGCGUCGCUCGUCACAUCAACUACCUUGGCGACUGGCUUCAGGCGUGGCCGUACUGCUUGCCCACGGGUAUGGCAGGAUACACCAUUGUCUCGGCAGGCACCGGAUAUGCCCAAGCCGGACUCGAGGGAGCUUUUAAGAUGGCUGAUGGUCGUGAGGUUAUCCAGGGCGCGGCUCGUGGCAUGGCGACUCCCAUCACCUACUUUUACAUUGUUUACUUUGCCGUCUUACUGAUCCACCGCGACCGCCGCGAUGACGAGAAGUGUUCUCGCAAGUACGGCGAGGACUGGGAGAAGUACAAGAAGAUUGUCCGGUGGAGAAUCCUUCCUGGUGUCUACUGAGACCCUGAGAGAUCAGGAGACGGCUCCGGAAAGCAGGCCCAGAGACGCAUACGGAUGGGUACCACUUCGGCCCGUUUGUUGGGUCGUGAAGCUGGUGGAUAUUGCGGAUCACCUGGAUCGUGGGUUUACCUGGAG